AAAGUUUAUAUACGAAUACAUGUAAAAUGUUACAUGUAACUUGUGCAGCUUUUAAUACCUAAUUUUCAUUGCCCUUUAUUGCCCAGUUUAAAACACUUGUUAUAUAAGUAAUCAAACAGGAAUCAUGUAAUGAGUCCAUAAUUUGAUUAAGUCAUUAAAACAGUUACAUUAUACAUUUUUACAGGGUAAGCAGUCUGUAACCUCCGCUUCCCAACACUGCUGAUAGAUAAUAUUUAUAUAGUAUGGCAAUUUUUCGACUCUAAAUUCAUUAAUGGCGCAGAUAUUUUUACGAGAAAUGAUGCAUACCUAAUGUCCUUAAAGUGAAUUUCCUCAUAAUAACCACCAAUCGGACGCAGCCUAAUGAUUUAAUAGCCCACAUCUUUUAAUCCUAUCAGUAAACUCCAUUUACAGAUGCUCAAGGACAAUGUUUCUGUGCCCUCUGUUCCUAAGAGACGCAGAGCAGGUUUGUUUAUUCCCCUAUCUCAUCAGAUGAGUCCGCCCGUGUGCUCACUUCACCGUGAUGUGAUGACAAUCAUUGACAAUAUGAGUCGUGCAGGUCCAAAGCAGGUGCCUGUGCGAUACUGUUUACACUCAGCUCAAGUGUCGCGCUCUCUACGAAGUAAAAAGUUAAUGAACCGAGAUCAACAUCGCACAGAUAUCCCACAAGAUUUCCAAAAGUAGGGGUUGUAAUUCAGUCAAGUAUUCAAAGCCAUGUGCCUGCUGUUUUUACCUCCUCUGGGCGCUCUCCCGGGUAGUCCCGCCUCCAGCGCGUAAAGGAGCCGACUCGCUUUUACGCACCGCAUUCAGUUGGAGCAGUUUGGAGCUCAGGAGGAUUCCGCUGACAGAAAUGGGUUAUCCGCUUCACAUGGGGUUGUCCUCUCCGAAAUGAUGCGUAGGGACGGCUGUGAUUCUGUAGAGGACUUGCAAACCACACUUGGAACGAUGCUGGACCUCAACGUCUCCAAGCCAUGGCGCGAAGGCAAUGUCACCAAAAAUUCCAGUUGUGGAUCUGUAUCAGUUGGUUUCCCCAUCACAAUGAUGAUCACUGGCAUGGUGGGCAACUCACUAGCUCUGAUUCUGGUCUAUAUCUCUUACAAAAAGAAGGAAAACAAAAGGAAAAAGUCUUUCUUGCUUUGCAUCGGAUCGCUGGCGCUAACCGACCUGUUUGGACAGCUUUUGACGAGUCCAAUAGUGAUAUCAGUUUACAGAGCUGGCCUGAAAUGGGAGCGUAUCGACUCAUCGGGGAAACUGUGCGCUUUUUUCGGUGUGUGCAUGACAACGUUUGGCCUUUGCUCUCUCUUCUUGGCCAGCGCCAUGGCAAUUGAAAGGGCCACGGCGAUAACGAAUCCCCACUGGUACUCCAAUCACAUGAAGACAAGUGUGACCAAGCAGACUCUGGCUGUCAUAUGGUGUCUGGUGUUGCUGUUUGCGCUGCUGCCUAUCGCAGGGGUCGGGGAGUACACACGCCAGUGGCCCGGCACUUGGUGCUUUAUCAGCACUGGGGACAGGGAAGUCCCGGGCAAUAUGUUUUUCGCCAUCACUUUCGCUGUGCUUGGGAUUUUCUCUCUGCUUGUAACACUUUCCUGCAAUGUGGUGACGAUCCGGGGCUUAAUUAUCCGCUGUAAAACAAAGUCUGGCACGUCUCAGUCUUCAAAGCAGUGGGAACGGCUCACCACGGAGACGGUCAUUCAGCUGUUAGGGAUUAUGUGCGUCCUGCUUAUAUGCUGGUCUCCUCUGCUGGUGCUGAUGCUGAGGAUGAUCUCCAACCAGGUGUCCUCCCACGAGUGCAACUCAACAGUCAUCGCCUCCAAUCACACCACUAACCGGGACAUCCAGCUGGACUGUAACUUUUUCCUGACAGCGAUCCGCUUGGCCUCCCUCAACCAGAUCCUGGACCCAUGGGUGUAUUUGCUCCUCAGGGAGAUCCUCUUCCGCAAGUUCUGCAUCAUGGCUAACGCCGUGUCCAACUGCUCCAUAGACGAGCAGAAGGAGACCCAGGCGGCGUUGGAUGCUCUUAACAAGCAGAACCAAGAGACCAACAACAUCCACAAACCGCAGUGCAGCUAAGUCAAGCAGGAGUUUCUGUGUUGUGGCUUUCGGGCUGGGACAGAUCGGAUGGAUGUAAAAACGGAUACACCUUCUUCUUGAAUGUGUCGUGAGGAGAAAAAUGGGGAUUAAUCGUUGCUCCGUUUCCUCGACAAAGGGAUACUGUGCAGUGGGAGGCAAGAGUGGUCUCCUCUGCAGUCCUGCUGACAACCAGCCAAGUCUGCUCCGGGUGCAUUUGUUUUGCUUAAAACACAUUCCAUUCAAAGUCACCUAACCAGCAUGUGGAUGCAUGACUGUGUCACCUCUUGGCCGCCAGGAACUCCCUCAUUUCUACCUUCCAGGUUUGAUAACAUCUCCCAGGCCCAGGAACUGAAUAUGGGUGACUCUAAACGGACUCACAUGGAAGUGAUGUAUCUCAUGCUCCUUUUAGUUUCUGAACUGAGUCACUGUUUUCAACAACUUGAAGCCAUAAGCCAGCUGAAGGACAAAUGGCUCUUGUGAAUGUCUGUAAAUCAAGAGAGAAACUGUAAAUUUAUUGUACAUAGCAUUGCCAUAUCUUACAUCGAAUGUAACUAAAGUGGUCGUUUAGAAGAAAAAUGCAAAUCCUAAACUGGAGCCAAGUGUUGACUGUAAAAUUAUUUAUUAGUGUCUGUAGUAAUAUGAAGUUCCUGCGCUGAAUGCUGAUGCUGCUAGCUGCUGCUGGGUAUCAGUUGUUGUGAAUUUAAUUGUGUGUAUUGUUCCUCGGCUAGCAGCCAGGACUGUGAAAUGUGAAGCUUUUAGUUUGUUGCCACUUUCCCUCCUAAAUAUGAACGCACUGGUUUAUUAUUGUGCAAUUAUUUUCUCAGCAAUCGUCUUUCCAGAGAAUCUUGAAGGCCUCUCACUAACGAAGUGUGAGAGGGAGAGAGCGGCGUGGUGUUCAACGUUAUGAGAUUAUUGAUGACAGGGUGGCCUGAUACUGUAGUUACGGCGCUGUCAAAGUGUCACUGAGCAAUCUCUGCCCAUUUCAUCUGAUUAAAGGUACUCUCGCUCGCCAAGUACACACUGUGUAAUGGCAAGCGUACUUCAUUUCACCAGCCAGAUCUUUGUGGGGAAAGCAAACUGUGCAGCCUUUUGUCCGGUUACAUCAUUAUAAGUAGAGAGAGGGGUGCUCUUUGGACGCAGGGCUGACAAGCAGAAAAAUAAUGGAACGGGGGAAGUCGUGUCCAAGCUGUCCGAAACACACAUCACAAUAUCUGAAAGAUCAAAAAGCUUUUUUGGCAAGCUUGAAGCUGCUCGUUCGACUGACACACACCGGGCAAGAUUUCAUCAGUGUGAAGGUCAAGAAAGUUGAGCAGCAGCACUGAUACACCAGUACACGGGGCUGUUUAGUUUUAAAUACGUAUUUUAGCUGCUCAUAUUCACGCUUUUGAUUUCUUUAGACAUGCUGAAUGUGUCGUUCAGUAUUCAGUCCCUUUUAUUUUCAUCAGCAGCAUUGAUGCUGUAAAUGCUCAUUUCCUUUUAACUUGUACAGUGAAAUUUCCCAGAGGUCUCAGAUGAAAAGGUACUUUUCAAUGGUGGUUUGCUUUUAGUGCCAAAUGACUGAAUGCCAUUAAGCGAGAGAGUGCUGUCAACAGGCAGUCUCCUUUUACAGUGAUGUAAAUAUGAUCUUUUAAGUUUUUUUGUAGCUACACUGUCAUGUGUAACACUGUAAAUGUAUUCGAAGAGGUCCGGCAUCUCGGUCAAAGAAAUCUCAAGGAUGGACACAUUUGCUGUCAUGGCAACCUUCAAUUUAUGGGACAGUUCCUCACACCAACACAAUUCUGCCUUCUCAGCACGUCAGCCAACAAGAUUAGACGUAUCUAUACUCUGCUUUGCCCGGUCUUGCCUUUGAAAUGUGUGAACACACAUGAGCUCAGUGAUAAUGACAGUAUGGGAAACUGUCGUCUGCAAAAGCCAUGUAAGAGACGAACAUUUUCUUCUUCGUAUUGAUUCAGAAGCCAGUCUGUCUUAGAUUAACCUUGGCUGGUGAGCGAAAACAAGAAUGGAAAAGGAAAUGUGCUCAUAAUGGCAUUAUUCAUGAUUAUUCCGAAGCCUAUUGCCAGAUAUGAAUAUGCAGUAAACCCUAAUGUGUUCCUCAACAAGUAAUCAGUUUCAUUAAUGUCUAAGUGCUAUCGAACCGACUUAAGCAGCGCUCGUUAUGAUGAAUGCUCAACUAAUUGAACUUGUGGCUCUGCAUUAGGAGCUGUUAUCCCAGCAUAUGUUUGCACUGUGCAGCAGUUAUUAUGUUCUUCAGCAGAAACAUCUGGGGUUUAAUCCAUGCAUCUAAAACAAUGACUACAUUUACUCGCCAGUUGCAGCGGGGUAUGGAGAGGUUUACGAUGGACUCAAUCAGCGUCCACUUCAACCUGCGUCAUGUCAUUAUCUCAGUUUGCUGUCCAGGAGACUUUGAAGCUUCCUGAUCUUCAGCUAAUAAAAAGAAUUACGCAAAGGAAUAUCCCCUUAAAACUAACUGGCUCCACAGCCCCCACAGUGGAAAGGAAAAUGGCAGACAAUUUGUUUAUUUGGAAAUAGGAAACAUGACACAUUUCCAGCCUCUUUAAUGGACCCAGUAAAGGCACAGUGUUUUUACAGGGAGGGCUCUCUGUGGUUCUGCAGUACAGUUUAUUCUUAUGAAAUAUGAAUGUUCAUUAGACUCAGGGGAGACACACAGUGAUACAGAAUAUCUGCAAACUCCAGUUUAUCGAUCCGCAAGGUGUGAUCUUAAAAGGUGAUGAUAGAAGAUGGCUUCAUUAAGAGGCGUGUCAGGAUUUAAUGUGUCCUCUGCUACAAAUCUCACACUGUCCAUACUGUUUAGGUUUGCUCACGUGCUUUGACGCUGUUCAUCUGUGUAAGGUACAGGCAACUUCAGCAGGCAAUUACACACAAGAGUCCUGCUCCAGCUCUGGAGGGAGUACACAAUUACAUAAUGAUUUGAAAAAGGCUUUAUGAGGGACGGGAGAAUCUGGUGUUGCCAGCUGGCUCCAUUUCUCUUAUUCAAGCCACUAAUGCAUGGAAGUGAUUUACUGAUUGCCUCAUGAGCUGAGGAGACACUUGAUGACUUGAGAUUUCAAGACAAGAGGAGAUUCUGAUAUAAAACGUUUGAUCAUUUGAUGUCUUUUAAGUUAAUUGGAAAUCGUGCAGUCUAAUGUGUCAGUAUCCAGUAUACUUUUGGGAAAAAUAUCAUGCCAUGAUAAAAAAUUUUACUGUCUUUGUUACAUAUAUAACACCGGUGUUGCCGUCCAUCAAGCUAAAUCAGACAAGCAUCUUCCUCUAAACUCCUUGUGUUGGAUAUAAUCACUCAUAGAAUUGACUGAAAUGAGGAUAUCAGCAGUUUUCCCCAGUGUGCAGGUGUCCUCUCUAAAAAAAGUAACUGGAUAAGAUAUUUCCCUUUCUUGUCUCUGUGGUAUCAAGAAAUCAAAGACUGGCCCAGCUAGUGAAAACAUUGCAUACCAUGAGCAGUUCACUGAUAAAGUACAUGAUGAUCCUCUGCAGCCAUUUGGAUCGGUCACCAAGUGAAGCAUCAGUAAGAUAAAGCUGUAGUCAUAUGCUUGUCUGAUAUCCAUCAAAGACACGAACAAAGCCAGACUUGAGGUGUAGUUAUUGUUAACAGUGAGAGAACCAACCUGGUGAGCACAUGAUGGUGUCGCAUAUGGAAACAGGUUUGGCCCACCAGCCAAGGCUCCGCCAAUGAAUGUGGAAUAAGUACCAGAUGUCUGAUCAGAUCAGACGUUCAUCAUCUUUAUCUCGUCUUCAUGUUACGCCUCUGCUUUUGAAUGUUUAACAAGAACUCUUCACACCAAAAUGUCUCUGAACUCUGAGACACGAUUCUCAGAUGAGGGCUAUCCACAUGCUUUCUGCUGUUCCUCUGCCAGCGCUUUUGUUCCUCCCACGCUGCGUUCAGGUGAGGAACGCUGUAAUUUUGCAACCUUUUGUAUUUUCCUUGAGAUAUUUUGACAUAUCUGUCAUAGAUAGGCCCACGUAACAUGUUGCUGAGAAGAGAAGAGAAUGAUCUACCUACUUAUCAAAGUGUCCUUUCGGUACUUUAUAUCUUUGCCCUCUACUUGACGUGUAUCAGUUCAACAUGCACUUUUGAUUCAUUUUUGUCUCAGUGUUCUCAUCUUGUGGUGUAACGUUGUGAUUCCAUUAAAGGAUGUGAACAUAUUUUUCAGUAUGUGUUGGGAGUUUGUGGCUACUGGAGCAUGUUUUCUUAUUAAAUAUUUAUACAUCCUCAUCCUAAUUAAUGAAGGAUGCACGUGAAUUGUAGAGUGUUUGACAAGCUGUGUGUCUGCUGAUUGAACUCUGCUUCGGCUGAGCCAAGGAAUACAUUUGGGAAAAAUCUAGUGUCCACUGGACUCAAGCCAUUUAACAACGCAUGUGCCCUGGCCUCAAUUUUAUUUUUGAACAUCCCCUGUCCCCAAAACUGAAGCAAAUCAGAAGUAUCCUCACACAACAGGACAUGAGAGACGUUUGAUAUGCUGACUGUGUAACGUUAUGUCACAUCCCAACGAGUCUUAUUUUCAGUCUUGAAACUGCCUGACACAUGGGAAUGAUGAUUGAACUGAGAAUGAUGUGAAUGUGUUUUUCACUGGUGAAUGUUUUCAACACUGUGAAUGUUGUUAAAUGCUGCUGGCCAUUUUCAAAGCAUGUGUAGGCUUCUAUAGUUUGUUGACCUUGUGCAAUGUGUUUCCUCUGGGCCAAUAAAUGGAGC